CAGUAGAACUGAGACUAAUGAUGCAUGACUAUAUUAUUGCCAUGUGAGUACUUGAGGCUCCUUAAAAAGAGGAAGUGUAUGGAUGGUAUGUACUGCAAAAACAUUCAAUAUGGCAUGACGUUAAGAUCCUGGGGUGUGUCCAGUCUUUGUGUGUUUAAAAAAGGCCACCUGCAUUGGACACAAGCUUUCAUGCCAAACAUCUAAUUCCUCUAAGGAACUCUGUUGGACCGAGCACAUUAAGAGGAACUGUCUGAAGCAUCUGUGCUCUCUCUGCUUUUCACACUAUGAAGUUACCAACUGUGCUAUUCUAUGUCCUGGCCUUGGCUGGCUCCUUCACAAUCCAGGUAACAAACACAAAGACCUUUUCAACUACAAAGGCAACAACCCAUUCCACAACGACUAAUGGAACAAUCAUAAGACCAAUGAACACCACCUUGUUGAUGCCAUCACAAACCAGCACCACAAAUAACAUAACUCAAUCAACUGCAACCCCAAUGACACCAAACAACCACACCCCUCCAAGGGUAAUGAGUGUCACCACUACAGUUCCUAUAAACCUCACUGUGACAUCUUCAAAUAGAACAUCUACGAUAACCUUGAAUACUACAAUCACAGUGAUGCCACCCAAUACCACCAUUUUGAUGUCAUCGAACAACUCCACUCCAAUACUAAUGAAUCUUACCUCUACAGUUCCUUCAAAUGCUAGAAUCACAAAGAUGCCUUCAAAUGCCACCACUUUCUUUCCAUCAAACAACACCACAAGACCAAUGGUGAAGAAUGUCACCACUACCAUAAGACCUCUAAAUGCCACCCCUGUAAUGUCUUCAAAUAGAGCAUCUACAAUACCUUUAUACACUACCAUCACAGUGAUGCCUUCACAUAGAACAUCUACAGUACCUUUAAACACUACCACCACAGUGAUGACUUCACGUAGAACAUCUACAGGACCUUUAAAUGCUACCACCACAGUGAUGACUUCACGUAGAACAUCUACAGUACCUUUAAAUGCUACCACCACAGUGAUGACUUCACGUAGAACAUCUACAAUACCUUUAAACACUACCACCAUAGUGAUGACUUCACAUAGAACAUCUACAGGACCUUUAAAUGCUACCACCACAGUGAUGACUUCACACAGAACAUCUACAGUACCUUUAAAUGCUACCACCACAGUGAUGACUUCACGUAGAACAUCUACAGUACCUUUAAAUGCUACCACCUUAGUGAUGACUUCACGUAGAACAUCUACAGUACCUUUAAACGCUACCACCACAGUGAUGACUUCACGUAGAGCAUCUACCACCUCACUGCCAGUAAAUGCCACUCAUGUGAUGCUAUCAACCAUCACAAUACCUGCAAAUGACCCCAUCACAAUGAUGACACCAAAUGGCACCACUGUGAAUCCAUGGAGGCCAACGUCUGUGACUUCCACGGACAACACGACUACAAUGGGAACAUACGUUACCAUGGUGACUGAGUCAGCUACAUCUGCUACAAUAUCACAAUACUACAACACUACAGCAGGUCCUAACAAAACUGUCAUGUCUCCUAGAACAACACAAUCCAGCAGCCUUGUUGUUCACCCUAAUCUGAUCACCUGUACUCUGCCGGUUCUACUUUAUCUACUGUGGAACUGAAUAUAUUCCAAUAGCAUGUGCCCAAGUGUUUUAUUCCUGUUAUGCCACUUUUUAUCCAUUUACAGGUACAUUGAAUGUUGUGAAAUGUCUGCAAAACAAUCCAGAAUUCAGCAGCAAUGAGGUGUAAUUAGCUUUACAGAAUAUAUAACAACCAUGCUUUGGUCUCCUAAACGGCAGGAGAUGUUAUGUUAUGUUAAGUUUUUUCUUACUAAUUAGAGUCUUAAAAAAACUGCCCACUGACAUGUGUUUUUAUUUCUAUAAGUGAACAUUCUGUGCACUGUGGUUUUAUUAACCAACCUCAACCUUCAUUAAAACAUUUGUAAACACAAA